AUGGCGGCUAAUAACAAGCUUGCUUUUCUCAGUCAAGCACCACCGCCAGGUUACGUGGCAGGAUUAGGAAGAGGCGCGACCGGAUUCACGACAAGAAGUGAUAUUGGUCCAGCAAGGGAAGGUCCUCAAUUCGGAAAAGACGAAAAGGAUGAAGAUGCAAAGGAAGAAGAGGGUGACGAUGACGAUGAUGGCAGGAAUGAAGAUGCACCAGAUGAUCAAGAUCCAGAUAAUGAGACCGGACUAUUUGCAGGUGCUGUGUAUGAGCGUGAUGAUAUAGAAGCUGAUCGGAUAUGGGCAGGAGUAGAUGCACAAAUGGAUGAAAGAAGGAGAAAGAAACGUGAACAAAGAGAGCGAGAGGAAAUGGAAAAAUUACGUCAAGAAAAACCAAAGAUUCAAACACAAUUUGCAGACUUAAAAAGAGGCUUAAGCAAUGUCACCGAAGAUGAAUGGGCAAAUCUUCCAGAAGCAGGAAACUUGACGGGCAAAAGAAGGAAAGCUGCAAUGAAACGUGAAUCACGAGAUACAAGGUCAUUCGCUAUUCCAGAUAGCAUUCUUUUAGGUAAUCGUGACCGUAAUGCGGUUGACAGUGCUAUUGAUGCUCAAAACGGUGGAUCAUCAACAGUCCCGCGUGGAGCUACUACCAGCUUGAUCGAUAUCGGUGAAGCUCGAAACAAGAUCUUUUCUCAUCGAUUGGAUGAAGCAGGUGAUGGAACAGCUUCCGUAUUGGCAGGCAGUGCUUCAAAUAUCGACCCCAGUGGAUAUCUAACGGAAUUGUCAUCCACUGUGAAAAAGACAGCAGCUGAGAUUGGUGAUAUCAAGAAAGCAAGGAGCUUGUUGGAUAGCGUAAUUAAAACGAAUCCAAAGCACGCUCCUGGAUGGAUUGCAGCAGCUCGAUUGGAAGAAGUUGCCGGAAAGAUGGCAAUCGCACGCAAGGUGAUCGCACAAGGUUGUGAGAAUUGCCCAAGAAGCGAAGAUGUUUGGCUGGAGAAUGCUCGAUUGAACACUCGUGAAAAUGCUAAAGUGAUUUUGGCACAAGCAGUUCAGCAUCUAAGCAACAGUGUCAAGAUUUGGCUGAAGGCUGCCGAGCUGGAAACGGAUGCCAAUAGCAAGAAGCGUGUCUUGAGAAAAAGUUUGGAGUAUAUCCCUAAAUCUGUCAAAUUGUGGAAAGAGCUGGUAAAUCUAGAAGAGUCUCCAGAGGAUGCAAAGGUUCUUCUUGGCGGUGCAGUAGCUUCCAUACCUCAAAGUGUUGAACUAUGGCUUGCAUUCGCACGACUUAGUGAACCUAAGGAAGCUCAAGCAAUCAUCAAUCAGGCCCGCGCUGCGAUUCCUACCAGUCACGAAAUUUGGAUUGCUGCACUUCGACUUCUUGAACAAGAAGAGGAUGCCUUGCAAAAGAAGAUGGACAACAUCAUGGUUCAGGCCAUUAAAAGAUUGACAAAGAACGGAGCCGUGCUUUCUCGAGAACAAUGGCUUAAAGAAGCAGAACAAGUAGAUAGCGAAGGCAGUCCAAGGUCUAGUGCUUCUAUCGUGAAAGCAACUAUUGCAAUGGAUAUAGAUGAAGAAGAUCGACAAACUGUUUGGGUAGAAGACGCUCAAGCUUGUAUAGAGCGUGGAAGAAUCGCAACUGCUAGAGCCAUUCUUGCGUACACAUUGCGUCAUUUCACCGAUCAAGCAUCAAUUUGGAAGAUUGCUGCUGAUCUUGAGAAGCAGCAUGGAAAUAAGGCUACUCUGCAAAGACUGCUUGAGAAAGCCGUCAGUAGCUGUCCAAAAUCCGAAGAAUUGUGGUUGUUCUAUGCCAAAGAACGAUGGCAAAUGGACCAAAGCAUCGAAGGUGCACGAGAAGUACUUGCCCGGGCCUUUGACAAGAAUGUUGGCAGUGAGUCUAUUUCUUUGGAAGCUGCUCAGAUGGAAUAUCAACAUGGUGAUAAAAAGGCUGCAGGAAUGCUAUUGCAGCGGGCAAGAACUGAAGUGGGUUCGGCCAGGGUAUGGCUAAAGAGUGCUUUAUACGAACGUGAUGAAGGAAAUCUGGAAGCAAGUAUCACAUUGAUACGAGAGGCUAUCUCAAAGUACCCCACAUAUUGGAAGUUCCAUCUGAUGCUGGGACAAUUACUCGAACAUACACUAGAGAAGGACAAAGGGGCAAAUAUACGAGCAGCUCGGGAAGCGUAUAGUAAUGGCUAUCGACGCUGUCCAAACGCUGUUCCCCUUUGGCUUGCAGCGUCUAGAUUGGAGGAAAAAGCGGAUUUGUCUAUUCGAGCUCGUGCGAUUCUAGAAAAAGCAAGGAUGAGCAACCCAAAAAGCGAAUUUUUAUGGGACGAAGCUGCGAAUGUGGAAGAACGAAGUGGCAGUACGGCACAAGCAAAGAUGUUACUCUCUCGUGGUUUGCAAGAAUGUCCUACUUCCGGCUUGCUUAACGCACAUUCGAUCUGGUUAGAAUCAAGACCUUCUCGAAAGACGAAGGCAGCUGAUGCUUUAAAGCGGACGAACGACGAUGCCCGUGUCUUGAAUUUAAUUGCAAGAUUAUUCUGGAAUGAAGGCAAAGUGGAAAGUUCAAGGAAAUGGUUUGAGCGUAGUUGUCAAUCCGACCCUGAUUGGGGAGAUGGAUGGGCUUGGUGGCUUAAAUUCGAACGAGCACAUGGAUCAGAACAAAAUCAAAAUGUUGUAAUAGAAAAAUGCAAACGUGCACAUCCAAAGCAUGGAGAAAUAUGGCAAAAGAUCGCAAAAGACUGGCAACAUCCAAGGAGAAAGAUUGAAGAAAUCUUAGAAAGUGCAUGUGCAGAAUUGCGCAUUGUAACAUGA